AUGGGGCCGUUUGUCGGCUUCCACCUGUGGCCCUUCAAAGACCAACACGGUAGCGUGUGGUCAGCCAAAACACCACCUCGCAGCUGCCGAUUGCGCGCCCUGGAGCAGCCUGGGGUGGAGACGCUGUUCGGUCCUGGGAUGGGGCAGCUCUGUGACUGUCCCUGCACGUUUCCUGUCCGACAUGGGGAGAAGACCUUCCCCCUGAGGCGGCGGUGGGGGUUGAAGGAGGUGUGGAAUGAGCUCAAGCUGGAAGAGCCCGGAGCUUGCCCGGCCCAGGGCUGUGUUGUUCCAGAUGAGGCGGCUAACACCCGGGGAGGUGAGAGGACGUCCCCAGUGCAGCACCAGCCUCUGCCGGGCCUGGUGGUUGUGCGGCAGUUGGACUCGGUCCCCUUGCUCUGCCCCCUGGGGCAGGCUGUGCCUCCCAGGCCAUUCCAGCAAGCUGGCAAGCUGCAGCUGCACUUUCCAGGCAGUGAUGCAGUCAUGCCGCAUUGCCCAGCCCAGAUUGCGGUGUCUGGGAGGGUGUGUGGCGCUGGCCAAAGCCGUGCUCGGCACUUGGGGUUUGUGUGCUUGGCUGUCUGUGUGUCACAGCGUAGUCAGAAGUUGGGGGGGAACGCACCCCGUGAUGACAUCAGAGGCCAUUCUGUCACACCGUGUUCUCUUUCUCAGCUGAAGCUAGAGGACCGCUCUGUGGUGCCCCGGGACGUGGUCCGGCACAUGCGAUCCACCGACAGCCAGUGCGGCACCGUGAUCGACGUCAGCAUCGACUGUGCCGUCAAGCUCAUCGGCACCAACUGCAUCAUCUACCCCGUCAACAGCAAGGACCUGCAGCACAUCUGGCCCUUCAUGUACGGGGACUACAUUGCCUAUGACUGCUGGCUGGGGAAGGUCUAUGACUUAAAGAACCAGAUCAUCCUGAAGCUGUCCAACGGUGCCAGGUGCUCCAUGAACACAGAAGAUGGCGCCAAGCUCUAUGACGUCUGUCCCCAUGUCAGCGACUCUGGUCUCUUCUUUGAUGACUCCUAUGGCUUCUACCCGGGCCAGGUGCUCAUCGGCCCCGCCAAGAUCUUCUCUAGCGCCCAGUGGCUGUCUGGGGUCAAGCCCGUGCUCAGCACGAAGAGCAAGUUCCGCGUGGUGGUGGAAGAGGUGCAGGUCGUAGAGCUAAAAGUCACAUGGAUUACCAAGAGUUUCUGUCCAGGGGGCACGGACAGCGUCAGCCCCCCGCCCUCUGUCAUUACCCAGGAAAACCUAGGCAGGGUGAAGCGUCUCGGAUGCUUUGACCAUGCUCAGCGGCAGCUUGGGGAGCGCUGUCUGUAUGUCUUCCCAGCCAAGGUAGAGCCGGCCAAGAUUGCCUGUGAAUGUCCAGAAAAACACUGCGCCCAGGGGGAGGGCUCUAUGGCCAAGAAGGUGAAGCGCCUGUUGAAGAAGCAGGUCGUGAGGAUCAUGUCCUGCUCCCCGGACACGCAGUGCUCCCGAGACCAUUCCAUGGAGGACCCGGGAAAGAAAGGAGCGGCCAAAGCCAAGAGCGAAACGGGGUCCGUCAGCCCCGAGGAGACGCCCGAUGGGGCCGCCAGCCCGGUGGAGAUGCAGGAUGAGGGCCCAGAGGAGGCCCAGGACGCGGGGGAGCAGCUGCCCCCCUUCCUGCUGAAGGAAGGUGGCGACGACAGGCUGCACUCGGCAGAGCAGGACGCGGACGACGAGGCCGCCGAUGACACGGAUGACACCAGCUCGGUGACCUCCUCUGCCAGCUCCACCACCUCCUCCCAGAGUGGCAGCGGCACAAGUAGAAAAAAGAGCAUCCCCUUGUCUAUCAAGAACUUGAAGCGGAAACACAAGCGGAAGAAGAAUAAAAUCACUCGUGACUUUAAGCCGGGGGACAGGGUGGCGGUGGAGGUGGUGACCACCAUGACCUCGGCAGACGUGAUGUGGCAAGACGGCUCCGUGGAGUGCAACAUCCGCUCCAACGACCUCUUUCCCGUGCACCACCUGGACAACAACGAAUUCUGCCCCGGAGACUUUGUGGUGGACAAGCGAGUCCAGACCUGUCCAGACCCCGCCGUCUACGGCGUGGUGCAGUCUGGGGACCACGUGGGCCGCACCUGCAUGGUGAAGUGGUUCAAGCUGCGGCCCAGUGGUGAUGACGUGGAGCUGAUUGGAGAAGAGGAGGACGUGAGCGUCUACGACAUUGCUGACCACCCUGACUUCCGGUUCCGCACCACGGACAUUGUCAUCCGCAUCGGCAAUACUGAGGAUGGAGCUCCUCACAGGGAGGAUGAGCCAUCAGUUGGCCAGGUGGCCCGUGUGGACGUCAGCAGCAAGGUGGAGGUGGUGUGGGCUGACAACUCAAAGACCAUCAUUCUGCCCCAGCACUUGUACAACAUCGAGUCUGAGAUUGAGGAGUCGGACUAUGACUCGGUGGAAGGCAGCACCAGCGGGGCGUCCUCGGAUGAGUGGGAGGACGACAGUGACAGCUGGGAGACGGACAACGGGCUGGUGGAGGAUGAGCACCCCAAGAUAGAGGAGCCCCCCAUCCCGCCCACUGAGCAGCCGGCGGCCCCCGAGGAGGACAAGGGGGUAGUGAUCAGCGAAGAGGCUGCCACGGCCGCCAUUCAGGGGGCCGUGGCCAUGGCUGCCCCCGUGGCUGGGCUGAUGGAGAAGGCCGGCAAAGACGGGCCCCCGAAGAGCUUCCGGGAGCUGAAAGAGGCCAUCAAGAUCCUGGAGAGCCUCAAGAACAUGACUGUGGAGCAGCUUCUGACAGGCUCGCCCACCUCCCCCACAGUGGAGCCGGAGAAACCGACUCGGGAGAAGAAGUUUCUGGAUGACAUCAAGAAACUGCAGGAAAAUCUCAAGAAGACCCUGGACAACGUGGCCAUCGCAGAGGAGGAGAAGAUGGAGGCGAUGCCAGACACGGAGCGCAAGGAGGAGAAGCCGGAGGGGCAGUCACCCGUGAAGGCCGAGUGGCCCAGCGAGACCCCGGUGCUCUGUCAGCAGUGCGGCGGCAAGCCCGGAGUCACCUUCACCAGCGCUAAGGGCGAGGUCUUCUCAGUGCUGGAGUUCGCGCCCUCAAAUCACUCUUUUAAGAAAAUUGAGUUCCAGCCUCCGGAAGCCAAGAAGUUCUUCAGCACGGUACGGAAGGAGAUGGCGUUGCUGGCUACCUCGCUGCCUGACGGCAUCAUGGUCAAGACCUUCGAGGACAGAAUGGCAAGUAGCCCGGCGUGGGCCUGGCAGCUGCAGACGUGCUCGUGUGGGUGCUUGGUACCCGGGGGGCCGCGGGACCCGGCAGCACCUGGGAGGCCGUCCGCACCCCUCACGGGGCAGGACCCCCACACAUGUGUCCGGAUCGCAUGGCUCCUCCCUUUCUCCCUCCUGUUAAAAGUCAGUUUUGAAGCACAGAGCUUUACCUGAGUCCUGUUCUCUUGAAAUAUUACAACGUUGUGGAAAAGGCGAAAGUUGCCUUUGAGCAAUCCUCAGCCCGCCCCUGGGAGUCACGACUGAGUUUUGUGGGUCUCCUUAUAGGAGACCCUCUUUUCAUGUCUUUACCUUCUCGUGUGUCCCCGUAGACACUCCGUGUGAUUUGUUUUACGUGAACAGCCCGUCCUCGUACAUGUCACCUGCAGGUUGCUUGUUUCACUCAAUCGGGUAAUUUUUUAGACCCACCCCCCAUGUUGAUGGAUGUCGAUCCAGUUCGUUCUUUUUUAGCUACAGAAUAGCGUCCCGUCACGCGGCCAUGCCGCAUUGCGUUUUCCACUCCUGUCUUCGUGGCUCAGGCCCAGGGUUGAGUCCUGCCACCAGAGGCCGUGUGAGCACCUCCUCGUUCCAGGCGCAGGCCAGCCCGGUCCGCCGGGCCCCUCAUUUAUCCAGCACGCUUACCAGGCGCCUGCUGUGUGCUGGGCCUCGUGCGAGACCCUGAACCCUACUCUGACCCGGGCCCCAGCCCAGCCCUGGUGAAAGGGGCCCCAGGACAGAAGAGAGGCGCUGUUCAGACCUUCUUGCCGCAGGCCGGAAACCACAGAGCAGGGCUGGGGUCUCCACAGGGUCGGUGCUGCUCCGGGUUCUUAACGACACUUUGGCUUGUUCUUGGAUUUUAGUAAAACUUGUGAAAUUCCCGGCUGGUCUCAGCUGUGCUGACAGAAGGGACUAGCAUGUUUUCCAAGCCUCACUCGGAGGGACGGGGAAGUCGUGCCUUCUCUUGAGGCCCACAGGGCGGCCGCGUGGGAAAGCGCGGGAGAGGGUGCUGUCGGUCCAGUCGGCACUCCGCCCUCGCCAUUCCGUCACCCCGUGUUCCGAGCGCGGGUCUGGCUGCCGAUGCCGCCCCUCCGCCGGCAUGCGCACAGAUCUUGAGCGUCUGUGGGGCGUCUGCCCGGUGACUUAGUGACCUGAGUCUCUGGCACUCUGCCACCGUUUCUGCUGGAAUUCCAGAUCCCCUAUCCCUCCGGUUCCCAAAAGCAGGUAGAGCCUUGCCGCCCUAGGAUGUCCUUUCAUUUUCUAACUGGUUGUGAUUAUUGUUGGUCUUCAUGGGGGUGGAGGUCAGGGCAGGUGUUUUAAAGAGUAAAAAUAAAAGUAACGAAGGACCCCUGGGUGACUCAGUCGGUCAAGUGUCUGACUCUUGGUUUUGACUCGGGGCGUGAUCUCACAGUGGUGAGAUCGAGCCAGCCCCGUCGGGCUCUUCGCUGACAACACAGAGCCUGCUUGGGAUUCUCUCUCUCUCUCUCUCUCUCUCUCUCUCUC